AUGUAUCUUCAAAUAGGAUUAUUUUUCAUUACAGCCGAACUUGGUCGAGGUGCCUUUGGUAUCGUGUACCACUGUCAAGGAUCCUCAGGUGACCCCUUUGCCCUUAAGGAACUUCCUAUAGAGACAUUUAAACGACCGCUGCACGUGCUAUUUCGUGAAGUCCAAAACUGGAGAAAACUUGAAGACGAGAACAUCACAAAGUUCCAUUGCUUCUGGGUGGACGGUCCAAAUUCGGAAGAAGUUCACGACCAAACUUAUCAAAUCCCGCCCGUUUCAAGUUCUCAGGAUACCCCUGUGCCCCUUAAUUUCUUCAAGAUUCACAUGGAACUAUGCCACAUCACGUUAAGCGACUGGUUAGCCAAACUACCCGCCAAUUUUGUCACGGAUCUCGACAUCUUUCACCACCUGGCCCACGGUCUAAGUGUCAUCCACUCAAACGGUAUAAUCCACAGGGACCUUAAGCCUGAAAACAUUCUGGGAAAAUACGAUCCGAAUGGAGCCAUCGUCUGGAAAAUCGGGGACUUCGGUCUAUCCCGCGAAAUUGAGGGGGAAGCCGAGAAAUCCGAUUAUACCGGAACUGUACAACAGCCCAGAGAUGUCUCUUGGAAAACGUGA